CUUUUCCUAACACCUUGGGCUCACGUCACUUAGUGCCCACAAUGAGUUGGCUCAACUCUUUACUUCCGAGGGCUCUUUGCCCAAACUUCACCUGGCCACAUCGCGCCUUGGGAGACGAGCCACUUGUGCAGGACAUUCCGCCUACCCCAAAGCUUUCAGGCUCCACAUCGCGCCGAGUAUGGGGCAUUAUACACAAACGGCUCGUUCCGUUCUCACGACAUUAUUGCAAGUGGUUUGGCAUACCAUUCGAUAAUCAGAUUUGCCAGUUGCCAUUCGGAUUGAUUCUCAAAUGGUCCGACGGAACACGUUUAGAAGAAGUCCAAGCUAUGAUGGUCGCCCGGUCCGCUGGUCUACCCGUCCCUAGAGUUAUCGCGUACGGAGAUCACCCGGACACCCCACACGCACUUGUGUCUAUCUUGAUGACACGCCUUCCUGGCUGUGACCUUGGACUCGUGUAUGAAUCAUUAACUCCUGCCCAGCAAGAGACAAUCCAGAAGGAGACAGCAACUAUGUUAGAUACAAUCAGGAAUUGGCGCAGUCCCUGGGGGAAAGACCGAAUUUGUUCUAUCACUGGCGGUCCCAUCAGGAGCGUGCGAGUUCCUGACCAUAUCAUAGGACCUUGUGAAAGUGAAACGGAAUUCAAUGAUCUUCUCAUCCAGCCUGCCUCUCAGCAUGGGUAUGCAUCUGCAGAAGCAUUCGAAGAGGCGCUUGCUUGCGCACGGAAGAUGCAAACCAAGCUUCAUCGCAUCGUUUUCACUCAUGGAGACCUCAAGCACCAUAAUAUCAUGGUUCAUGAGGGCCGUGUUUCGGGGUUCAUCGACUGGGAGUCCGCUGGCUGGUACCCAGAUUACUGGGAUUAUACCACUGCCAUGAGAUAUAUGCCCGAAGACUUUUGGUGGUUCAAGUUUGUUUCGCAGCUUGGUGGAUCAAAGUACCGUGAAGAGAUGGUGUAUGAGCGUGCACUCCUGAAAUUAACAGUCGACUCUUGGGUUUGGUAAUAGAACACUGGAGAAGAAUUAGGGGCGCAAAGGAUCCAAAAAGGUGAUAUUUCAGUCUUUCAGAGGAUAUCACUUAGCUUUGUAGUCUAUUUAUAUGCUACUAAAGGAGCAGUCCUAUGGCAAGUCUACUCAAGAUGCGUAGAGCUCUGAAGAUUGAUCUGUAGACUUUGAAUUCAAACGCACUGUGCUGAAAUA